AUGUCGGCCGGAAAUAGGCAACACGACAAGGCCUAUUAUGAGCAAAUGUACAAGAUGCAGUUUCAAUCGACUGAGCGCGUGCCGCAAGUCGGGAAACAGCCGCAAAAUAACGCAUCUUCUGCUCCUACGCCCUCGAGCUCUCAACUGGUACCAGCCACAUCUCGGUUCCGCGAGGACAUCGACGCGCGUACAGUGGAUCUCACGUCCAUGUUGGCGUCACCGGGCCCCCGAAAGGCAUUGAUGGGUCCGCCUCCAGUUAAGCAAUCCGCCGUAAAGACCCAGCGCGGGCCAUCACCUGCACCAACUCCAGCGUCAACCCCUCGCAAACCUCGGAAAGCGGUGGAACAAUGGGUCGAUGUAUACGCGAGCGGCUCAGACAUCGACGCGAGAACACUGGACUUGCGCUCCAUGGCCCCGACUCCAGCUGCUAUGGUCAUCCAGCUGCGACCAGAGACUCCAGCUGUACGAGCAACCGGGCAUAAAACUGAUCACCGGCAUCAGUUCCAGACUUCUUCUCAGCCGAGGAGAGGUUCUGUUGAUACGGCGCGGCCGCCUGAAGCGGUCCUCCGGACUCAAAUGUCGCUCGACGAGUACUAUGAGCAGAAGCAGAGGCGCCGCGCGUCUAGCGAUGCUCCCAGGGCUUAUCCCCUCACCUCCACGCGUGCUCUGGGUGUUCUGCCCUCAGCACGUCCGCGCUUGAACGGACCCACCGCGACUGCUGUGACUCUUCCGACACACUCGCGAUCCAGGAGCGACACCCAGCACGCGUCUGCUACCGCAGCCGGUACGCCUCACGCAUCAAUAAGCGGUGCUGGCGCGUCUAAAGCACAUGCGCCGCUUCUCGUGACGGCCAAACAUCGAGCGCCUCUGCCGGGGCAAUGGACGGAGGCUGGCCACACCAGGCAGCGCUCUGCGCCGCAAGACGCAUCAACGCGUCCUCAUCUGACUGGUGCCGCUACCGUGCCACAGCCUUCCCUUCCUCAAGCGAAGCCGAUAUAUGCGCUGCCCGCACCGACCUCCAGUCAACCACGGCCUCCAACUCGCCCCGCAGCCGUUUCAGCGCCAACUGGACGCCGUGUCACUACGCCGCAACCACCGACUACUGCAGCCACGCACCCUGGCGCUACACAUCUCAACGGCGUCGUUUCGGUCCAUCCCGUCACAGUACAGCGGUCGAACCACACAGAAUCGCGCGAACGUCGUCGAGCCAGUGUUGACAACAGCCGCGAAGCAUCCAGGACGCGAGCGGACGAGCGCAUACUCGAGGCGGCAGCGGCCUCCCGCGCUGCGCGCAGGGCAGAACGCGACGCCAGUCGCGAGCGCCCGCGCGAACGCGACAAGUCGACAGAUCGGCAUGUGACCGGUCACGAUCCUGAGAAGAGGCGCGCAAGAGAACGAGAUCGCGACCGCGAUGUACCUCAUGCUCCCCGGCCUCGUCGUCAUCACAGCGCGGACCGCACACGCACCGACAUCUGGAUGCGCGACUCGUUUAACCCGCUGUCUCUUCCUCCUGGCGAUCAUCCACUUCCCGCGAGUAUACUCCCGCCGCGCAAGUACGUCAGUCGGACAGACAAGAACAAGGUCGGACCUCCACCUGCCAGUCGGAUGUAUCCCACCGGCAUCUCGAAGGAGGUUUCGGCGACGCACUCUCGUCAAAGACGUGAGAGUACGCAGAGCGCGUAUGCUGCUCCGACCUCCACAUCGGCUUCGCGUCCUAUGCGCGCUCUUCCCGCUCCCACGCCCGUACGAGCCCUCGCCGCGCCAACCCCCGUACGCGCCAACGGCCUCCCCGCCGCCCCACCACCCCCCACAAAAACCUUCGCCGGCAACUCUCGCAUCCACGAAGACUUCGACGCCAAAACGCUCACGCCCUCCGCAUUCUCCAACGACUCCGGCCCGCGCUCCGCGAGCGCGCCGCCUGAUCGCCCGGACACGGCUUCGGGCAAUAAGCUCAAGAAGCGACCGCCGCUGAAGCUUAAGCUGAGCGACGGGCCGAUGUCGCCGCCUAUGCUUUCGCCUACGAGUCCGACUUCUGCCGACGAGGGGAGUAAUCGCGGGACUCAUUCGCGCGGGUUCUUGUCGCGCUUGCUCGGGCGUGGUGGAGGUGCCACUGCGGCGUGA